CUUCAAGUCCAGCAGCGCAUCCUCCCCCGUCCACCCAUUCCCUCGCCUUCGCCUCCGCCCUUUCAUCAUGUCGCUCUCCUCGUACGCCGCAGCUCGUUGCUGCCGACAGAUCGUCCGCCCGUCCGCCUCGCUGCGUCUCUCGUCCUCCGCAUAUCUGUCCCAGCGGACAUUCGCCCGGAGAUGGCAGUCCACCGAGGCGGAGGCCGCUGCUCCUGCCAACCCCAAGAUCAACCAGAUUGUCGACCAGAUCAGUCAAUUGACUCUGUUGGAGACGGCAGACCUUGUCUCGACCCUGAAGACCCGCCUUAACAUCCCCGAUCUCCCCGUUGGCGGUUUCGCCAUGGCCCCCGGCGCCGGCCAGGCUGCUGCUGCCCCCGUCGAAGAAGAGGAGGCCGCCCCCGCCGCUCAGGAAAAGACCCUUUUCAACCUGAAGCUGGAGUCCAUUGACGCCGCGUCCAAGGCCAAGGUCAUCAAGGAGGUCAAGACCAUGCUCGGUCUGUCCCUCGUCGACAGCAAGAAGUUCGUCGAGUCCGUGCCCAAGGUCCUGAAGGAGUCUGUGCCCAAGGAGGACGCCGAGAAGAUCAUCGAGACCCUCAAGGCCGUCGGUGCUAAGGCUGUUAUGGAGUAAACGGGACACGGAGAUGCGGGCGGAAACCAAAAAGAAACAAGAAAAGAAUAAACCACAGAAACAUUUACCUGGUCCAGCCCCGUUCUGUUGUCCGCGUGAAGGGAAGAUAAGCGAAUACACUAAAGGGAUCAGGAUGAUUUGAACGUGAUUGGGGCUCUCUGCAUCAUCAUAUCAUCGAGCUGGAGUUUUGUCUCGCCACUUUUUUUUAUUAUUUAUCAUGUGUUUUUAUUUUUCCUUUUUCUUUACUUUUACCCUGUUGUUUUAGGUUUUCCUUUUCUCCGUCAUAUAUCUCGGCCAUGUUUCUGAUAUAACCGGACAGUGGGAAUAGGGGCGACCAAUGUACAUUAUCAUCUAUUGAUUGGACAGAAUUUGGAUCUAGGGGACAGAGA